GAGCACCGUAUCGCCGGCGGGCUUGUGCAGAGUCGCUGCAACCGCCUGCAGCCACUCUUACCGCGCGCGUCCCACGUAUGUGCAAGCCUGCCCGCGGACCCUUCGCCUAUGGCGAGCCGUGGUGGCUCGACGACCCGAUCGAGAUGUCCGCCGACCGCUUCCGCGGCCGGCGGCGGCAACUGUGCUUCCUGCUCGGCGUCGCUGCCUCGUGCGCUGGCGUGGUGGCGUACACGUCACACGCGGGGGUGCUCGUGUGGUCCAUAACACCGGCGACGUUUGGCCAGUCCUCCUUUGUCCUGCUGCCCGCCCUCGUCGUUUACCGGAUCGCGUGCGCCGCCUUCAUCUUUGGUCUCUGCGCCUCCAAGCUGGUGAGCGACUACGUGCUGCAGCGCGGCGCGGGCGCGGCGGGCGCGCGGCUGAACCACUUCGAGACGCUCGACCGCACCGAGGUCGCCUUCCUUGACCACGGCGUGUGGCGCUUCCAGGGCCUCACCUCGUGGGGCUGGGUGCUGCUCGGCUGCUACUUCCUGGUGGCGGCGACCCUCUCGCUGCGCGUGGCGGCGGCGCCGGAGGCGGCGCAGCACGAGGAGCCGGACGGGGCUGCGUGCGUGGCCAGCCUGCUGCUUGGCGUCUCGUCGGCGUAUGCGAUACUCAUCACGCUGACCGUCACCUUUGUGCUCAUCCCGUCCAAGCACAGGAAGGGGCUGUCCACGGAGGGCUUCUUCACGCCGUUCGCGCUGUCGCAGCACAACGCGAACCUGGCCAUGGUGGUCGGCGAGCUCCUCUGCGGCGCCGUGCCCAUCGACCCGUGGCACCUCCCCUUUGCGCUCGGGUUUGGGAUCGUCUACCUGUGCGGCUGGCACCAGACCGUGCGCUACAACCGGACACGGACGCUCAUGUACCACUUCCUCAACUGGCAGCACCCCCGCUCCCUCCUCAUCUGCUCCCUCCUCAUGCUCACCCUCGCCGCCUUCUUCGCCUUCGCCGCCCUCGUCGGCCAGCUGCGCCUCCGGCCAGGCGGCGCGCCGAUGGUGCUCUGCGCCGCCCUCGCAGUGAUGCGGUGGCGCCGGCCGCCGCCGCUCGCGGGCAAGGGCGAGUAGGCCGUUCGGGAGUGGGUCCCAUAACCCUAGGUACUGACCGCGACCCGCGAGGGAGGAGCAUGCGACGUGGGGGGUACAGGCUGCUCCUGGUGCAUGGUGACAUGCGCGCGCGGCUCCUCUCUCGCUUGGCGUUACUCGCGGGCCGGUCCGCGGACCCCUCCAUGCCGCCCUCUCUCUCUCUCUCUCGGGUCGGCUCUCACAGCACCAGCAGCAUGCGCCGUGGGCGUGGGCGCGGCGCGCCGCAUUGGGCUUCGUGGGCGGCGCAUGUGGGACAGGUUUGGGCGCAGCUUAUGUCAUGUCAUUGCCACUGCGCAGGUCAUUCCUCUUCACACUCCGGAAUAAUU